AAGUACAUAAAUUUAGUAUUAUAUUAGAAUAUAUGAAAGCGAGUGGUUAAUGGAUUAGAUGGAUUAAAAGAUAAAAUGACUAAGCGAUUUUUUCAGUAAAGAGAGCUAAGAAAUUUAUAAUGAAGAUUGGAAAGUUGGAUACUUUGUAUUGUUAUGUCAACUAGAAAGAAUAUUAAUAAAUGUAAAUUUAAAGAAUUAAAAUAUUUUAGUGGAGGUGGAUUAUAUGUCAGAAAAUUAAGAAGGAAAUUCAAUAAAAAUUGGAAGAUGGAUAGAGUUAAAUGAGGGAUUCUAGGAAAUUUCUUAAGUCACUUAUAAUGGUG